AGUGUGACUCACCUAGUGUUCUGUGAGGUGUGGUGUGGCUCAGGGUAGCUGCGAGGUGUGGUGUGGCUCAGGGUAGCUGCGAGGUGUGGUGUGGCUCAGGGUAGCUGCGAGGUGUGGUGUGGCUCAGGGUAGCUGCGAGGUGUGGUGUGGCUCAGGGUAGCUGCGAGGUGUGGUGUGGCUCAGGGUAGCUGCGAGGUGUGGUGUGGCUCAGGGUAGCUGCGAGGUGUGGUGUGGCUCAGGGUAGCUGCGAGGUGUGGUGUGGCUCAGGGUAGCUGCGAGGUGUGGUGUGGCUCAGGGUAGCUGCGAGGUGUGGUGUGGCUCAGGGUAGCUGCGAGGUGUGGUGUGGCUCAGGGUAGCUGCGAGGUGUGGUGUGGCUCAGGGUAGCUGCGAGGUGUGGUGUGGCUCAGGGUAGCUGCGAGGUGUGGUGUGGCUCAGGGUAGCUGCGAGGUGUGGUGUGGCUCAGGGUAGCUGCGAGGUGUGGUGUGGCUCAGGGUAGCUGCGAGGUGUGGUGUGGCUCAGGGUAGCUGCGAGGUGUGGUGUGGCUCAGGGUAGCUGCGAGGUGUGGUGUGGCUCAGGGUAGCUGCGAGGUGUGGUGUGGCUCAGGGUAGCUGCGAGGUGUGGUGUGGCUCAGGGUAGCUGCGAGGUGUGGUGUGGCUCAGGGUAGCUGCGAGGUGUGGUGUGGCUCAGGGUAGCUGCGAGGUGUGGUGUGGCUCAGGGUAGCUGCGAGGUGUGGUGUGGCUCAGGGUAGCUGCGAGGUGUGGUGUGGCUCAGGGUAGCUGCGAGGUGUGGUGUGGCUCAGGGUAGCUGCGAGGUGUGGUGUGGCUCAGGGUAGCUGCGAGGUGUGGUGUGGCUCAGGGUAGCUGCGAGGUGUGGUGUGGCUCAGGGUAGCUGCGAGGUGUGGUGUGGCUCAGGGUAGCUGCGAGGUGUGGUGUGGCUCAGGGUAGCUGCGAGGUGUGGUGUGGCUCAGGGUAGCUGCGAGGUGUGGUGUGGCUCAGGGUAGCUGCGAGGUGUGGUGUGGCUCAGGGUAGCUGCGAGGUGUGGUGUGGCUCAGGGUAGCUGCGAGGUGUGGUGUGGCUCAGGGUAGCUGCGAGGUGUGGUGUGGCUCAGGGUAGCUGCGAGGUGUGGUGUGGCUCAGGGUAGCUGCGAGGUGUGGUGUGGCUCAGGGUAGCUGCGAGGUGUGGUGUGGCUCCGGGUCGCUGUCAGGUGUGGUGUGGCUCCGGGUCGCUGUCAGGUGUGGUGUGGCUCCGGGUCGCUGUCAGGUGUGUGGCUCAGGGUCGCUGUCAGGUGCGGCGUAAUCUGCAGCGUGUCGUCGUCUUCUGUGAGGAUUGCCUCAAAGAAGACAAUGUGAUUUGUUGGCAAGAUGGCACCAGUCAGUCCAGAUGAGAAGUUACAAUUGGCAAAGAUGGUGGAAGGCACUGACUUGCCAACCAGUGAUAUUGUUCAGCUACUGGCAUCCCACGACACUUUGGCCAAAAAAUUAACUUGCUACCACAUUACUAAUAAAUGUAGCACCAAUUCUGACCUAGCCCUUUUGACUGCCAACCUGCUAUUGAGAGAUGCCAGUGAUGCCAAUCCUAGUGUACGAAGUGCCAGUAUUUCUGCCCUGGCAGCUCUGCCAGGGCUAGAGGAGAGUUCUGUCCGUGCAGUUACCUCAGCGCUCUCUGACCAAUCAGCAGUUGUGCGUCGAGCAGGUGCAGUGGCCUGUGUUAGACUGUAUUCUCAUGCUUCCCAGUCUGUACUUUACUGUGGUUUAGUGGAUUCGCUCUAUGAGGGAUUACGAGACUCGGACCCCAUUGUCAUUACCAAUUGCAUUCUUGCCCUUGAUCACAUCCUGCAAAAGGAGGGUGGAGUGGUGGUCAAUAAGAAUAUCGCACACUACCUCUUGGGAAGAAUCAUGCAGUUCUCAGAAUGUAAUGCUGUUUAUGUGCUCACACUCCUUCUCAGGUACGCACCUAAAUCUGAGGAGGAGCUAAUUCUACUCUUAAAUGGUUUGGAUGAACUUUUUCUCUCCAAGGCCUCGGCAGUUCUUAUAGCUACUGUAAAAUUAUUUCUUCACUGGACACAAGAUCAUCCUCAUCUGAAGAAAGAUAUGCUUGAAAUGAUACAACCUUCUGUGUGUAAGAUACUCAGCCAAAAUGUUCCUGAGAUUUCUUAUUUCAUGUUGGAGUUCCUUAGUACUCUGGGAGAUAUACAAAAAAUAUUUAGCUCCCAUUACAAAUACUUUUUAGUGCGAGCAAAAGAUCCGGGCUAUUUGAAGACUCGGAAGCUUGAAGUGCUUCCGCUUGUAAGCACAGAAUGUAAUGUUUGUUGCCUUAUAGAGGAGGUAAAGCCAUAUUGUAGUGAUUAUCAAAGUUUUCGAAGUGCAGUUACAUGUUUGGGAGCAUUGGCCCAAGUUAGUCCUGCUGCUUGUGAACUGUGUGUAUCAAUACUGAUAACAUUAUUGGAUGCACCAACAGAAAGAGUAGUUAUAGCUGCUUUAGAAUGUCUUCUGAAGGUUUUUAAUUCUCUACCAAUGGAAAAUAAGUCUGUUUGCAUUUCCAAAGAACUUGCAUUAUCAUCACAAUUAUCUGUAGGAGAUGCUGACACACUUGAGCAUACUGAUGAGUCUGUGCCUCUUCCAUCCACAUCUACAGACACCCCUAAAUCUGAAACAUCAAAACCCCUGCCAGAAUUACCACAAGACCUCACAAAAGCUGUAACUAGAGCCUUGUCUAGAGGCACUGUUCAAGAAAUGGCUCCCUCCUUAGUCCUUCGUGUUCUUGGCAGAUUAGCUCUAUAUUUGGACUCUGCCCCAGAUAUUCUUCAACGUAUGUCAUCACUGUCAUCUUCAUCUAAAGCCAUCCAUGCUGAUUUAGUUACGGCUGCUGUCCGAAUAUUCUUGUCUCGACCCGCACAGUCUCAACUCUUAUUAGCAGCUAUUCUUUCCAAAGCUCUUAAGACUCCUGGCGAGCCUGCUUCUCGUGCUGCUUUAGUUUAUUCAGCACUUCUUGAGGGUCCUGCUAAUGCAGCUCUCCUCCUUGGGGCUGAUAUUCACCAUGUAGCACUGAACACACAUGAUUGUGAAGGGUAGUCUGUUUAUGAAUAAUUUAUGAACUUUUAUUUCUCGAAGGACAGUUACUAACAGUCUCUUGAUCUUGUCUGUAAUGUAACCAAGUUAAUUAAUAUGCAUUGUAAAUGGAAACUUUACAUUUAAAACCGACACAUUUAUUAUUUUACUUGAAUUUUCUUGGGGGGGGGGGAUAUCCCUUGUGGCUCUCUGAAGCUAUACGUUGAGAUGGUUCCUAU